AUGCAUUACAAAUUGGCAUUCUUACUUUGCCAAUACGGUUUGUCAUUCCAGGAAGCCAAAUUCCCAAAUGCUGGCGGAAAAUCGGAGCAUAUGGUGGUCAACUUUACCUCAAAACGCAUGGCUAUCAAAGUUCGAUGUGGCAAUGCACUAUUUCGUGUUGAGCCAACUCACAUGAUCAUUGAGCCCAACAAAUGCCGCCAAUUGACAAUCAAUCGGAUGCCUGGUCCAAUUCAAAAAGACAAGGCAAUUGUUCAAUACCUAGAAAUCGAGAAAGACGUGCAGGAUCCGAAAGCUGCAUUCAAGGCAGCGGACAGUGCUGGAACCAAGAUUCCACACCUGAAGAUCAAGUUGAUGGCAGGAGCAUCGGGAGGACGUCAGAUGUCAAGAGAGGUUGUAGAAGAAUGA